AUGGCGUCUGCUUUCCCUUUGCCGUCAAAACUAUUAUCCACCAAACCUUACGAGGUUGCUAACGACGUCUCGGCUCACAUAACCUCCCAUAUCGAGAUCUGUCACGCUACGGUACAUCUAAGCAAACCCUCGCUGCCCAAGCGCCGGAUGGAGAAUGAUAUACCCCAGGCAGUUCGGAACUGCCAUACUUGCAAGCAAGACCUGCCCGAGGUCGAGUUUCGAAGCGUCAAGGACCCUGCGAGGCUUACGAGACAGUGUAGUAGCUGUAGGGCACGCCAAAAGGAGCGAGUGGCCGAAUCCCGAGCCGCCGUUGCCGCCAUGCGGAAUAUCGCCUCGAGGCUAUCGCCGCGCAGAACGACGAAGAGGACCGAUUCUCAGGCUCAAUUGACGCCUCCACGGCGAAACGCGCAAGCGCUCGUGUCCAUCAAUAGCUCACAACCCCCUGCAACGCCUGCUGUAUUCCGUGGUCUGGCGCCCGUCCUCCAGGGACUGCCUAGACCUCUGCUGGGCCCAUCUACCUCAAGCGCAGCGGAAGGAGCCCUCCCUAUCCCUCCCACCUUAAGCCCGCCAAGAGUAGUUCUGGGCACGCCGAUUCCUAGUGACACGACCACAACGGCUCCUAUUGUGCUAGGCACGCCUGUGCCACAGGAAUCGUUCCCUACCACUGCUUCAUUACUGCCACAGGGUCAUCGCCGCGGCCGCUAUACACGUCAAGGCAUCGUGAACCGACGGCCACGGCCACAGCUUCAAGAACGACAGUUUGAUCAGAUAGUUGAUCCACCUUUUACAGGGGACCUUGAUUUGCCUGCCCUUAGUGAGGAGGAUCGGGCGCUUGUGCGGGAGUUCUAUACUGCCCUGAAUGACGACAAGAUGCAUAGUUGCAUUCGCUGCCGGGAGCAUUGGUUCGAUAUGAAGAAAAACAGCUUAGGAGUCUACAGCCGCUGCAUUAGUCGAGAUAGGGAGAGAACCGCUAACGAGCCCUACUUCUUUAGCGCUGCGAAUAGCCUUAACUUCGGGGAAGUCCCCGGUAAUCUACCUAGCCUAACGAUGGUUGAGGAGAUGCUGAUUGCUAGGGUUCACUAUAAAUACCGCGGCCAUGUUAUCCACUUCCUUCGCAAUGUUAGUAGGCUAUUUGAAGAGCUCCCGGUCCUACCUGAAGAGCUAGAUAUCGUGCUCCUGCGGCCUCCUAAUAUGGAGGGCGACCCUCACUUCCAGCAGCAGUUUGCUCGCGAUUUCCGGCGCCACCACCCGGGCUAUCGCGAUAUCGUUAUGAGGCAGGAUCGCUUGCAACGGCUUCCUCUUAACGGCAGCAUAGUUGCUUCCAUUGCUAGCCAAGUGGCUGACAUACCUAACGGCGAGGCCCCCCAAGGUCCCAUUGAGGAGGAUAUAGAAGAGGAUCCAGCAGAUGCAGAUGCAUCGGCGAUCCCCGAUUUGCAAGUUACAGACACCGAAUUAAACGCCCUGCAGUCCCGAUUGCUUCAUGGUACCCCUGACCCUGAGCGUAUGGCCGAUCUUAAGCAUAUACCGCCUAACGCGCAGGCUCAACACCAGAUGCCACUACCUUCCAUUCGCAGGACUCCUAUCAACGAAUUCAACCGUUCCCAGCCGCUAUUGACGCUCGCGUUCCCCACCCUCUACCCCAACGGCAAGGCCGACUUCGUGGAGCCUCGCCUACGGAGCGUCACGUACCAGGACUACCUUGCCCAUGCGAUGAGAUGGCAAGACGGACGUUUUGCCCGGCAUAAGACGUGGCCUUUUGUCGCCCUCAACACGCUAUUACGUGCGCAGGUCAGAAAGCGGAGCAACUACUCGGUCAAGCAACACGAAGGCCGCCGCCGUCAACCCCUUACGCGCGCUGACAUAGAGGAAGCGAUGGCUAAGCCUGACGAGCCAGAGGCUCAGGCCCUGAUCCAGUCGAUCACGCGCCAAGCCGCCGAGUCCCUAUAUCGUCAUAUGCCUCGAUUCCAGGAGUGGAAAGCAGCUCCUAAGGCGGCGCGAAUGGCUCUAUCCCGGCAACUACUGCGAGACAACGCCCACAUUGCCGCUUAUCACUUCCAUAAGCGAUAUACGCUCUUUAGGACUAUUAUCCUAAGGCAGAAGUUCAACCUAACGGACUUUUGGGGUCGCUACGAGUGGCAGGGCAGGGGUUCUAGUCACCACCACGGCCUAUAUUGGCUAAGUGGCCACCCGGACUUGGAUCCCAAUGACAGCCAGUCCCGGGAGCGAUUUGCCCGAAUCUGGGGAUAUCACGUAUCCGCUAUCAACCCAGAGCCUCAGAGGAGCUUUAGGGGCGAGCGGAACGAUAGCCAGAUGAACCACUACAACCGCUUACUUGCCGUUGCGUGGCUAGCCAAUACAGAUGUCUCACCCUGCACGAGCCUGCAGCAGGUGAUCGAUUACGCAGCUAAAUACUGCUCCAAGUCGGAGAAGAAAAUUGCUGAGCGAGACUACUCGAAGCAGGAGGUUAGCCACUUGCUCCUCGGUCUGCCGUUACAAGAGGGCUCACAAACCUGCUUACACAUUGAUUGCCGUAAUCCUGACAUGCAUUCCCGCUCUUUACGGAUUGACGCCGAUGAGGUUAACGAGGCCCCCAACGUCUACGAAAAGUACUAUCAACGCCCCGAAUCCCUAGAGGACCUAACCUAUGUUUCCUUUCUCAAAUACUGGAAUUUCCACUCUAGGGACCCUUCCAAGUAG